AUGGCAUCUUCGGCCGUAAGGUGUCCAAAUUGUUUGGAUCCUACUCCAACGAUUAACCAAUAUAAAGUGCAAAAUCAAUUGUCACUGUUCUUUAUCCCUAUUUGGCGAACCAAAGCAAAAUAUUUAUGGAUUUGUGAUCGUUGCAAAUGGACAGGGCUUUCUAGACCCGAAGAACAAGUUAGAGAAGAAACUGUGCUUGGACAGCAGAAUCCUCCACUGCCAACUUUGGGGUUGACUCGUUGUACUAAUUGUAACAUGGAGAUUAAUAAUAUCUCUGGACAAAUGAGAUUUUGCCCAUACUGCGGAUCAAAAUAUCUCUGA